AUGAUGUCUGUGCUGGCUGUUGGCCGCCUGCUGCUGCUGCUCGCCUGCCUGGCUCUGCCUCUGUAUGGCGUGGAAAAGGUGAGAAAUAGAGGAUACCGAAAGGAUCCCGACGCAGACAAGUGCACUGGUGGAAAUGAUGCAGAAAAGCCCAACUGCACUAGUCACUCUGGAGAGAGGAGAUCUGCUCAUUUGAGCAACACGUUCGGCAGCUGCAUGCAGGGGCCAGGAGGCCCCACUGGCAGAGAAGGCAACCCUGGGGCCAAUGGCAUUCCGGGGACGCCGGGCAUCCCUGGCCGCGACGGCUCUAAAGGUGAGAAAGGCGAGUGCAUCAGCGAGAUCUUCGAGGAACCCUGGAAGCCCAACUACAAGCAGUGUGCCUGGAACUCUCUGAAUUAUGGAAUCGACCUGGGUAAAGUCGCUGACUGUACGUUCACCAAGAUGCGUUCAGACAGCGCCCUGAGAGUCCUCUUCAGUGGCUCCCUCAGACUCAAGUGUAAGAACGCGUGCUGCCAGAGGUGGUACUUCACCUUCAACGGAGCCGAGUGUACUGGACCCCUGCCCAUAGAGUCAAUCAUCUACUUAGACCAGGGAAGCCCAGAGCUUAACUCAACCAUCAACAUUCACAGAACGUCCUCAGUUGAAGGCCUGUGCGAGGGCGUGAAAGCCGGGCUGGUAGAUGUGGCCGUGUGGGUGGGGACCUGCUCUGACUACCCCAGAGGUGACGCAUCUACAGGCUGGAACUCAGUAUCCAGGGUCAUCAUUGAGGAACUGCCUAAAUAA